UCUCCCCCCUCUCCCCGCCCCCCCCAGGAUGCUGCGGCGGCUUCUGGAGCGACCCUGCACCUUGGCCCUGCUGGUGGGCUCCCAGCUGGCCGUCAUGAUGUACCUGUCCCUGGGCGGCUUCCGCAGCCUCAGCGCCCUGUUCGGCCGCGAGCCGGGCCCGGCCUUCGACUACUCCCACCCGCACGACGUCUACGCCAACCUCAGCCGCCUGCCCGGGCCGCCCCCGGGCGCCCCCGCCAUCCUGCCCUACUGCCCCGAGCGCUCCCCGCUCCUCGUGGGCCCGGUGUCCGUCUCGUUCAGCCCGGUGCCGUCGCUGGGGCGGAUCGCCGAGCGGAACCCGCGGGUGGGCCCGGGGGGCCGCUACCGGCCGGGCGGCUGCGAGCCCCGCUCCCGCACGGCCGUCAUCAUCCCCCACCGGGCCCGCGAGCCCCACCUGCGUCUGCUGCUCUACCACCUGCACCCCUUCCUGCAACGCCAGCAGCUGGCCUACGGCAUCUACGUCGUCCACCAGGCCGGAAACGGGACGUUUAACCGGGCGAAGCUGCUGAACGUGGGGGUGCGGGAGGCGCUGAAGGACGAGGAGUGGAACUGCCUCUUCCUCCACGACGUCGACCUGCUGCCCGAGAACGACCACAACCUUUACGUCUGCGACCCCGCCGGGCCCCGCCACGUGGCCGUCGCCAUGAACAAGUUCGGCUACAGCCUCCCGUACCCGCAGUACUUCGGGGGGGUCUCCGCCCUCACGCCGGACCAGUACCUGAAGAUGAACGGCUUCCCCAACGAGUACUGGGGGUGGGGGGGAGAGGACGACGACAUCGCCGCCAGGGUGCGCCUGGCCGGGAUGAGGAUCCUGCGGCCGCCCGUCUCCGUGGGCCACUACAAGAUGGUGAAGCAUCGGGGCGACAAGGGCAACGAGGAGAACCCGCACAGGUUCGACCUGCUGAUCCGGACGCAGCGCUCCUGGACCCAGGACGGCAUGAACUCGCUGACCUACCGGCUGCUGGCCCGGGAGCUGGGCGCGCUCUACACCAACAUCACGGCCGACAUCGGGACCGACCCCCGGCCGGCCCGGGCCCCGGGGCCCUGGCCCCCCGGGCCCCGGCCCCCCGGCGCCCCCCGGGCC